UCGUGACACAAUAAAUGCCCUAUUCGAUUCAUCUUUCUACCAUAAUCAGAACUCAAUUAAAGAAAAUGUGAAGCUGUACAAUUUCCGAAGAUCAAGGAUUUCUCCUCCGGUGUGCAGAGAGAAAUUCUGGUGUGAUCAGAACCAUCGUCUCAAAAUCAAAACAUCUCUCGUCUUCAUCGACGAUUUUCGAUCGAUAAUUCUUAGGGAAAAAAAUCCUUUUACCCGGCCCCCGUAGUUGUUCGCUUGUACUGGCAUCACCUUUUUCUCAAUCUCGGAGGAUAUGCCGGAGAAAACAGAGUGCAGAGAACAAGAUAAGAAGGGCGGGAAGAUGAAGGUGCAGCUAAAUCUGGGAAAAAGCGGUGGUUUUUUUAUGCUUUUGGGUGGAUUGUUGGUGACCGUCCUUCUUUCAUCAGCUUUUAGAAAGCGGAGCAAACCGACCGGAAAAGCCGACGGCGGAGAUGAAAACGGACCGGAAAAAUCGACGGCGGCUGAAGAGCAGAAUGGGAUGGAGGACGACGGAGAGAGGAUCAACGGCGACGGUGAGGAGCCGGCGAGGCAGGGGAUUCAGUUCAUUCUCUCUAGUCCUGCUUCACUCUUAAAUGACGAAAUCAGAAUCAAAGACAGAGACAGUCCGAUUACAGUGCAGGCAUGUGGAGAAGAACAAGACGACAUAGCAAGUGGUUGUGAUGAUCAAGAAAUAUUCACCAAUAACAGUUCCAUUCCCGCCACAUCUUGUGAGCAAGAAAACUCAUCUCAGUCAUUUGGAAAUCAUCAUCAUGUUUUGAAGGAAGUAAGCCUAGACAGUAGUUCUGAAGAAGGCACACUGAGUUCUGGGGAUUCCAUCAAUAUUAUAAAAACUGAUUCUUUUCCCGCCAAACAAGAAGAAAUGGAGAUUUUGAGAGGUGAUAGUGAUCAAAAGAACACUUCCUUUGAGCAACUUGGAGACUUUCAAGUCAAUGAGAAUACAAAUUUAGUUUCUAUUAUGAAUGUUCCUAGCGAUAUUACUACAUCUCAAGUGGAUAUGAACCUAGAAGAUGACACCUCAAUCUCAACCAUGCGAAAGACGCCAACUGUGAUAGUCAAUCUCACAGAAAAAGGCAGUGAAAAGGAAAAAGUCCUCUCAAGUGUUAUGCCAUCGAACGAAAAAGAGGGUGAAGAAAUUGUUGAUGACCAUAAACGCGAUGAUGGUGAUGUGUACAACGAUGAUGGUGUUUCCGAUCAAAUGGGAAGAAACCUAGAAGACAACACCCUAGUCUCAACUGUGCAAAAGAAGCCAGCUACGCUAGUCCUUCCCAGAGAAGUACAAGAAGACAUUGUUGACAAUGAUAAGGCAAAAGUCUACUCAAGUGUUAUGCCAUCGAAUGAAAAAGAGGGUGAAGAAAUUGUUGAUGACCAUAAAUGCGAUGAUGGUCAUGGUGAUGUGUAUAACGAUGACGGUGUAACCAAUCAAAUGGAAAUAAACGUAGAAGACAACACCCAAAUCUCAACUGUGCAAAAGAAGCCAACUAUGCUAGUCAAUCUUAGACAAGUACAAGAAGACAUUGUUGACAAUGUUAAGGAAGAAGUCCGCUCAAGUGUUAUUCCAUCGAAUGACAAAGAGGGUGAAGAAAUUGUAGAUGAGCAUGAACAAGAUGAUGGCGGGGUUAAUGAUAAUGGCGACGAAGAUGUUGUUGAUGAUGAUAAUCAUGGUGAUGACAAUAAUGACAGUGUAGUGGAUGGUUAUGGUGAUAGGGGAGUUCAUAAUGGUGUUUUCAAUGAAAUGGAAAUAGACAUAGAAGAAGAUGUCCUAAAUGACUAUGAUGAUGACGAUGAUUACAAUGAUAGGGAUGGCAGUGAGGACAUUUCUGAUGAAUCAAACGAUGGUGUUGGAAUGGAGGCCAUAUGGCCAGAACUCCCAGAAGUUGAGGAUAGUCUAAUGGGACUUGAUAAAGGUCCUUAUAUAAAUGAAGAGAUAGAAGAUGAUGGAUCCAUUACUGCAGAAAGUUAUAUAACUGUGUGCAGACGAGAUAUGAAGAUGAACAUCACUCUUGACCGUCUAGUUACAUACUCGUUCCUAUCGAAAAGGAGAAUUGUUGCAGGAACUAUUGCAUGGCUCAUUGUGUAUUCUUGCAUUUGUGCCAUUGCUCUCAUUUUUGUUUUACCCAACUUCCUAAAUGCUUGAAGAGAAGUGUUGUAUACGAACCAUAUGUCAGUGGCUUUGUCAUCUCCAGGCAACUUCAUUGUUUACUGCCUGUAGUUGAGAGAUUUGCAGGUGCUCUAACUUUUUUAUCAUUGAAGAAAAUGUACUUGCCAAUUUUCCAUUCAGUUUACUAGUAUUUCACUUGUGCGUUGCACGGUAUGUAAAACUUUAAUAUUAUAAAUACCACCCUUUAAAUGUAAUUACAGAUCAUAUUAUAUUUUAU